UGCUUAAAGAGCAUGCUCACUGUCAAGUUGAGUUUUGAGAUUCUGGAGGCAUCUGAGGAGAUCAUAGGACCUACAUCAGACCUUUGGAGCCCAUUCCUGCUGACUCAAAUUUCUCCUGAGGGCAAAAGGUAAAAAUUCUUCUCAAACAAAACACAUCAGUGGCGCCAUAACAAGAAGGACGAAGUCUGCAAUGGGGUCCAGUCUUCAGAGGCAGAAAAAGUUCAAAAAGGUGCCCCAUGUUGUCUUAUUAGGCCUGGACUCUGCUGGGAAAUCCACUCUGCUCUACAGGCUCCACCGAGGUGCCCUCAUGGAAACUACGCCUACCAUAGGCUUCAACGUGGUUACCCUCCAGCUGAACAAGAAGUCAGUGCUUACCAUUUGGGACGUAGGUGGUCAGGGGAGUCUGAGGCCCAACUGGAGGUACUAUUUGGAGGGAUGCAAAGCGCUGGUGUUCGUGGUGGAUGCCAGUGACAGGACUCGCAUAGAUGAAGCAAAGAUGGCUCUGAAGAACAUUUUAAGUGAUCACAACCUGGAAGCUGUUCCAUUGAUGGUCUUGGCUAAUAAAACCGACAUACCAAAUUCGAUGGAUUUAAAUGAGGUGUGUCAAGAGCUGGAUUUAGUCAGCUACACCGACAGGGUUUGGGAGAUCCAGGCAUGCAGUGCUUUAAAAGGACUCGGACUAACACAGGCUUUUCUAACAGUGGCCAAACUGGUUCAAUAGCAGUGUGGAAAUAUGGAGAAAAAAAUAAACAAUAUUCAAAUGCAAGUUUUUGGAAUAACAAGGUUUGUAGGUAAAGUCUAAAAGCUAGUGGGAAGGAAAUGAGAACGGUGUAAUAUAACUGAUAAGAUGCCUGAACCAAUGCCGAAUCAUGAACGGGUUCUCGAUAAAAGGAGACAAAACAAGAAAGAUUUAAAGACUUUUUUUUUGACCAAUUGAGACAUGAUACAGGAAACAUGUUUUACAAGAGUGUCAGAUUUAUUUAUAUGAAUAGCUUAUGAUGUAGUCUAAUGCACAAAUGAAUGCACUGUACUAAUUGCUAUGUGAUUAAACUAUAGUAUUCUUGACUCUA